GGUCAGAUAUAUUUGGUGGAGGGUUUACUGUAGGCUACUUCUCUAGACUGAGUGAGCGCGUUAUCAUUAAAACUAAUUUACACAACGCAAGCCCUCAAGCUCAACCAAAAAAAAUAUAAAAGUGAUUAUAAAUAUAUAUUUCUAACAAUCAGAAGAAGGGACAGCUGACUGACAAGUUUUAUGAGCCGGGGGUGGGGUUUGAUAGAAGCGCUUUGCAAUGGAGUAUCAGCCCUGUUACGGGCCACCAGAACCCACUCUAUGGAAGUACCAAUCUGGGUUAUAUUCCAGCAGCAGAGGGGGGACAAGCGAUGUUCGCCCCACCCGCAGCUGAGUCUCAGGGCCCCAGCGCUCCUCCGGCCGGGAUGUUUGACAGCAUGCCUGGCUAUGAAGGAACAGUGGCAGGCGGAGGAGGUGGAUUUCUUCCCCCUCCAAUGCCGGCUUUCCCAGUUCCUCAGCCUGAGCCUGGACCUGAACAGCCACAUUGGAAUAUCCCAUCUAUAACUGAAGAUACGGCCCGGGAGGCGUUUGCCCUGUUUGCCUCCAGCAAGUGCUGCUACAGUUCAGCACCAGCGAAGGAUGGCGUGAUCACCAAAAUGGAUGCAUUCAAUACGUACAGGUACCGCCUGGAAACCUUUACUGAAUUAAGAUCUACAGAGUGGAGUCACGAGCCAUACAGAGGCCAGCCAGUGGAUGCCUUUGCCCAACCACCUCCAGGACCAUGGGACAUUCUUGCAAAAACCCCCACCUUUUAUGUGGAUGACCAGCAGAUUAUGAAGGUUCCCUACACGUCGUCCAUGAAGCCCUGCCACGAUUGUGUCGGAAUGGGGCGAAAACCUUGCAAAGACUGUGCUGGCGCUGGUAAUAAAGUUUGUUGGGUCUGCAAUGGAUCUGGUUACCGCCAUGGAGAUGAUCGAUGCAACCACUGCAGUGGCAGAGGGAGGGAAAAUUGCAGCCACUGUCAAGGGCAAGGAGCAAAGCAAUGUGCCACAUGUCAAGGAAAACAACAGCUUCUGGUCUACAUCAAACUCACCGUGAAAUGGACCAACAACUCUGAUAGCUAUGUUGUGGAACAGUCAAGUGGACUGCAUGCGGAAAACCUCAGCGACGUUUCUGGCAAGGAGCUUUUCAGGGACUCUCAGUACCUGGUAUACCCAGUGAUGGGCUUCCCAGACACUACAGUGGUAAAUGCUGCACAGCGCCUUGUCAAUGAACACCAGGGAAAGUAUUCCAGGACGUCACGCAUUCUACAACAGCGUCAAACCAUAGAGUUGAUCCCCGUCACCAAGGUAACCUACUCGUGGAAAGGCAAAUUGAACAAUUACUUUGUUUACGGGAAUGAGUUCCAAGUGAAUGCAGAUAACUAUCCUGCUACCUGUUGCUGUACAGUAAUGUAAUUGCAAUGGUUGUGUAUGAAGGUCUCAGAUCUCUAACUGAUCUACUGAUUAAUGGAGAGUUCCCUGACAUGUGGGCAGUUGAUGUUCAUUAAUUUGUAUUGUUACGUGCCAUUUGUAUUCAUGCAUCACAGAAAAUAAUUGCUUACUGUCACAAUAUAGACACUAAUCAGACUAUAUUCUCUGAAUCCUGAACCUUUUUUAGCACUAAAAAAAGCAGCAGUGAUUUUCUUUUUUACCAACGAUUUGAUACUUAUAGUAUUAUGUUUUUGCAGCGGUAAUAUUUGUUUAUCUGUUUGCUCCCAUGACAAAACUAAUCUUUUUUUUUUUUCUUAUGUGAAUGUAAAGAUCUGUUAAAUGUAUGUAAUUCUUCAAUAUCAAUAAAUGGUAUUUUGUUUCUUCUUUAAAA